AUGAAGACACCAGAUCACGAAAUCAAACUUCGCGAUCGCAUAAGAGACAUUGUUACUGACAGUGAAACUGGUCUGAUCGAUUUCAUUAAAGGUCAAAUCCUCGCUACAUCGCUAUUCUAUACCAAAAUACCUCAAACCUUGGGAAAAGAAGAGCACCACGCUUCGGUUGGACGGUGUAUCGUGUAUCCAAUUUUUGGGGAGGAGCGCGGUCGUCGGGGCGGAAGCAGUUCAAUGGGCAGGCAUUCAAAUCGAUGGAACAUGUUACGCCGCAUUUUACGUAGCCCAGCUCUUUACUUGACCUUGGGUAUCUAUUUGGGCGGACAUUUGCGGCUUCUCAAACCUCUUUUUGACACGCUGGAAGAACUCGAGGCUACUAGUAGAAAUAUUGCCAAGGAGAUGGAACAUCGUGUCGAUCAGUUUAGCGAAAAGUUGCAAAAUUGCCAUCGAGAUGCUCCUGUUGCGUCGUCUACUUUAGCUUCAGUCUGGAAAAAAUCGUUCUCAGAAAAACGUGAAGCAGAUCAGCAAGCCAGCAAUCCGGUUUGUCAAAAGUUUGACGGCUCGCCGUUUGGCCCACCGUCAGCAAACUCACUUUGGCUAAUGUUCCGAGAUCGGAUACACGCUUCGAGUCGCUUGACCAAAGACUCCACUUUCACGCAAAGCAAGAUGAUUGACGAGCUGAUCAAUCUCGUUUCUCCUCGACUCGUAAAUUCGGUAAAAUCGGUAGUUCGUGAUUGGACCCGGGUGGAUGAAAUCCUGAUGAAGGCCAUGGAACGGUACCAAUUUUUGGAGGCCGAAAACAACGACAAUGAAUUCCCGACGUCGCUAGACGCCCCACCACCCGUCCGAAUACUUGUGAUGGGUGGUUCGGUAACGCGCGGUACGAAUUGUGCAAUUUCGAUCCCUGGUGUUACACGUUUCGACUGUGCAUGGCCGAGUCGUUUGGAGCAACUUCUCAAUCGGUUAUUCUUUAACGACAAGAAUAUCGUCGAAGUCAAAGUUGUGGGGAUUGGAGGUUCAAAUUCGGCUACGGGAACGGUCAUCUUAAAAGAUGAGCUACUACGAAAAGAUGCCCGGAAUCCGGACAUUCUGAUUCAUUCCUACGCGACCAACGACAUGCAUGUCCUCACCAUGGAACAAGCCAAAAACAGUAACAUCACUUUACAUAGUCGAGUAUUCGGAAUGUCGCAAGCUUUUGUACGGGAAACGCUCAAAGCCAAUCCAUGUACCAAGGAACCACUUCUGCUUUGGAUGGAUGACUAUCUAGGGAACGAACAAAGGGAUAUCUUGGCUAUUUCAGAACUAUCCCAAGGUAUUCAUGUCCUUGCAAACUACUAUGGCUUUACAUUCCUUUCAUAUGCUGAUAUGGUUCGCGAUUGGGUUUAUGGGGACACUCGUGAAACACUCUUUUCCCCAUCAGGAUGGUACCAAAAGGGAGUUUUUGCACGGGAGGUGCAUCCUGGAGCUGGCGCGCAUCUAACAAUGGCCUAUGUUGUUGCGUUCAAUUUACUUAAUCUCAUCACCACGUACUGUGCCCUUGAAACCAACGUUUUGCCGUUGCCAUUGCAGGCAGUAAACAAACAAAUUUCUGCUGCGCGCCGAUUCGACAAAAAGGAAGAAUUUGGGUUGAUUGGCAAGCCAGCACCUUUGCCGAAGGGCAUUCCUCCACAAUUGAGUAGGGGGCUAAGUCUGGAACACAUUAGCGAUCUUUGGCAUGAAUCGUCUCACGAGCUUGGAGCACCCAAUCCAGAUUCUCCCCCACCAGAUUGCCGCGAUAAGUGCAUAUUUUCAUGGGUCAGUGGCAUGGAUAUGGAACAAAAUGAUCCCGUUUGGGUCAACAAACUAUUCGCACCGUUCAUUCUGAAGUCGACCGAUUGGAAACUAGCCGAAGGUCAUAAGAAAAUAGGAUACAUUCCUAUCGGACCAAUUGGCUCGACUUUGUCACUAGAGUUUAAAGACGUCGGUCAGCCAAUUCAGUCUGUGUCACUGUUUACAAUGAAAAGUUAUGGUCCCAAGUGGAAGGACAGCGAGGUACGAGUGACUAUUUCAGCCCGUUCAGAACAAAGCAGAGAAUGGGACACUGUUGGAAUUCGUGACCUUGUUGGUGCUCACGAGAAGAAAACUAGUGAAAUGUACAUGGAGAUUUUCUCGUUCGCAGAAGUGCAAAAAAAUGGCUCCGUACGUAUCGACAUGGCUCUAUCCAGCGGUAUAACAUUCAAACUCUUGGGACUCACGAUAUGCAGCUAG